AUCAAUUUUGUAGCCUGUCAACUGUUUGCACUUCUGGCUGCAUUUUGGUUUCGUAUUUACUUGGGUCCCAGUCAUGCCAGCUCUGCUGUUCGCCAUGCGUUUGCCACCCUCUUUGGAAUAUACUUUGCUGUCUUCUGCUUUGGGUGGUAUUCCAUUCAUCUUUUUGUCCUGGUGGUGAUGAACUAUGGCAUUAUGAAUAUGGCGAGUAUUCCCAACAUCCACAGGUACUCCUUUGUCGUAGCAAUGGGAUACCUCACGUUGUGCCACAUAAGCCGAAUAUACAUAUUUCAUUAUGGUAUUCUCACUACAGAUUUUUCCGGUCCGCUGAUGAUAAUUACACAGAAGAUCACAACACUUGCGUGCCAGUUACAUGAUGGAAUAGGGCGACAAGCUGAGGAACUCACUGCUGAGCAAAAUCGGCUUGCAGUAAAGAUAAGACCUUCUUUACUGGAGUAUUUAAGCUAUCUCCUCAAUUUUAUGAGCAUCAUAGCUGGGCCUUGCAGCAAUUACAAGGAUUAUAUAGCCUUCAUUGAAGGGAGGCAUGUGCAUAUGAAGCUGUUAGAAGUGAACUGGAAACAGAAGGGUUAUGACAGACUUCCUGAUCCUUCUCCAACAGGAGCAGUGAUGUACAAGCUGUGUAUCACAUUAGUAUCUCUCAUUUUAUUCUUGACACUUACCAAGAACUUUCCUAUGGCAUAUAUUAUUGAUGAUGAGUUUCUUGAUAAAACACCCUUCUUGUCAAGACUUGGUUACCUGUAUGUUGUAACACAGGCAGCAAAACCAAAGUAUUACUUUGCAUGGACUUUAGCAGAUGCAGUCAACAAUGCAGCUGGUUAUGGAUUCAGUGGAGUUGAUGAGAGGGGCACUUUCCACUGGGACCUGUUGUCCAAUUUAAAUAUCUGGAACAUUGAGACUGCGACAAGUUUUAAAAUGUACAUUGAGAACUGGAACAUUCAGACAGCUGCCUGGCUAAAACGUGUCUGCUAUGACAGAGCUCCCUGGUACCCUACGGCUUUAACGUUUAUCUUGUCGGCCCUGUGGCAUGGUAUCUAUCCUGGAUAUUAUUUUACGUUUCUCACUGGAAUCCUUAUCACGCUCGCAGCCAGAGCAAUAAGAAACAAUUGCAGACAUUACUUCCUCUCGUCAGUGCCUCUCAAGAUAGGCUAUGACGUUGUUACCUGGGUUGUCACUCAACUGACCGUGAGCUAUACUGUCGCGCCAUUUGUUAUGCUGGCUGUUGAGCCCACGAUUAAGUUUUACAAGUCUAUGUAUUUUCACAUGCACAUUCUAUGCAUCCUGGUGUUGCUCGUGUUACCGACCAGACCUCAAGCCCACUCCAUAAGAAAAUCUCAGAAUCAGGCCAUACAGAACUCUGUUAAAAGCAAAGACAAAUGA